GCUCAGAGCAUGCUAAAAUGGAGAUUGUCCGCAGUAUCUCUUCCAAUGGACGCGAGUAGUUAACUGCCUUCUAUGAAUACCAAAAGCCCUGACGAGCCACGGUACUUGCCUGUCGGUGGUGAUUUUGCAGAAUCUAGUGCUGCUCAAAACGAAGGACUUGGAGGAGAUAUGGAGCGAAAGCCGCUCCUAGAUAACUCAAAGGACAAGCCCCUUUCCAAAAAGGCAGGAUGGCUUCGCGUGGUACUUGCCGUGUUGGCAUCUACGGCAUGGAUGGUCGUGUCGUCUGGAUUGAUUAUCGUUAACAAAUACAUCAUGGUGGACUUGAAGUUCAAGUACCCAAUGACCGUCAGCGUAAUGGGCAUGGCGAUGAGCGGCUUGCUUGGCUUCGCAUGCUGUCGCAUCUUCCGCUUAGUGGACACACACGUGGUCGUAAGACCGCGUUUCUGGGUCGUGAAGAUACUGCCAAUAGGCUUUUUCAUGGCCGUGACGCUGUGGACGGGUAACCAGGUGUAUCUCUACCUCACGGUGGCCUUCAUUCAGAUGCUCAAAGCCUUCACCCCCGUCGUCACCAUGGUCUGCCUCUUCAUCGCCCGGCUAGAAGACCCCACUCGCCCCAUGAUUGCAUCCGUCCUCUUCACAGCCCUGGGCACCGCAGCCGCAGCCUACGGCGAAGUCCGCAUGUCCGUGGUUGGCCUCAUCCUCAUGUUCUCCUCCGAAACCGCGGAGUCCAUCCGCCUUGUGAUGACGCAAUUCCUGCUUGUGGGUCUCAAGUUCCACCCGAUUGAGGGCCUUAUGUAUCUGGCACCCGCCUGCUGUGUUUGGCUAUUCCUGGGAGCUGCCGUGGUGGAGCUGCCGGUCAUCCGGGCCUCGGGCGACAUGGCAAUUGUGUACGACAAUGUGUGGCUGUUCCUUUGUGCGGCGGUGAUGGGCUUUGCGGUCAACACCCUGGCCUACACCACCAUCAAGCUCGCCUCCAGCCUCACGCUCAAGGUGCUCGGGACCGUCAAAAACACGCUGUUGGUGGUGUUUGGCGUGCUGUUCUUCCGCGAGGUCGUCACGGGCGUGCAGGGGCUGGGGUACCUUGUGUCGCUAACGGGGUUUGCGUGGUACAACUACAUCAAGAUGACCCAGAUCGCGGGAGGGGC